AAGCAAAAUGAAUUCUCAACAAUUAAAAUGUAAUAAUAUUGAAAAAGUGAAACUUAAAUACGAAUUGAUUACAAAUGAAACUGUUUAUUUACCUGCGGUUUGUGGUACUUUUGACCCAAUGGAACCUCCGAAUUGGUUUGAUCAGGAUAAGUUCAUUGAAUCUCAACGAAUUUGUAGAAAAUAUUUUUACAGCAUUUUCGUAUCACUAUCAAUAGGUAAUCUAUUAGCCUUCCAAGGGCCGUCCUUUGUUGAUCCAGUUCUGACCACAGGUAAUCAUUCAAGUAUCGCUAAAAUGUAUCGUCGUUACCUUGCAACAGCAUUUCAUAUACUUAAAUGGUUCCAAUCUGAUCCAUUUACACCUAAAAGUCCCGCUUUCAGGUCAUUCAGUCAAGUGCGAUCAAUGCACAUGAGACUUUGCACCUCAAUGAAUGAGCAGAAAAAUUUGAAAAUCGGUAAAGAUAAACUUCAUUUCUUACAUGAUAUUAUCAUGUCAAUCUUUCCUUUUAUCGGUCUUUUUACAAAUUAUCCAAUCGCUUGUGGAGCUCAUAAAGUUACCAAGGAAGAAUUGGAAAAGGUGAUCUACUCGUGGAGAGUAUUUGUUUACGCUCUUGGAAUCGACGAUAAGUACAACAUUUGCGAUGGUUCAAUCGAAGAAUUCAAUCAACUAUACAGAUUGUACGAAGAAAAUUAUCUAAUUCCAUUACUAUCAAAGGUACCUCAUAGUUCACCGGUGGGUUGGGAGGUAUCACAAGGAUAUAUCACAGCGAUUAAGCAGAUUAACUUUUCGCUCAACUUUAAUUCAUUGAUCUGCUAUUGGUUUAAUGUUAUCGGUGUUCCGGUUUCCAUGAAAUUGAAUACAUUUGAAUGGUUACUCAUGAAAAUUACAAACAUUUUCACGUUCUAUUUACUACAAUUUAGAUAUUUCUAUUCUCUGAUGAAUAAUUUUCUCAUCUAUCAACUCGAACAGCAUAAAAAGAAUCGCAAUAGAAUCGCAGAUAACUUGGAAAGACGAUAUUCUGAUAUACAAUAUGAAAGUUCAUGUCCAAUGAAUGAAGAUUCAGAUUAUCGAGAUGAUUUAACUGAUUAACUUUUCUUUUUUUCCCCUUCAAUUAACUGUAACUCUUUCUAAUAUUGUUGUUUACAAUUUAACUUAAAAACUAAUACGUA